UUUUGUAUUGGAACUGUUGGUAUGGUUAUUUCUCCAGGCCUAUAGGGGGCGCAGGUUUGCACAGUUUGCUAUGUUGAGCCAAUUAGUUACUAGAAGAAGUGUGAUAGGAAGUGUUGCUCAUGGGUGAAGCAAGACAUGGUGUGUUUCUUCCGAUCCAAAGCCAUCCACUCCGUUAAAUCCCUUUGAGUGGCAAUAUGAUUUCACACUUUUUUGCAUUAAAUCCUGUCCAAAUACAACACGUGCCUGUUCCUUGGAGGAAGUGAUGCAAGAGAGAGUUUAGCUGGCUGUGAAUCUCAAUAUAGGACACUGGGUCACAUUGGGUGCAACAGUACAGUGAAAUCAUAGCACUCUGCGAGGGACGUCGAGUGACAGCUCUACUCUAACAUGGAGAAAUCAGAGGCUGAAGGUCAAAACGACGAGGAAACAAGGUCCACUCGCUCAAGAAGGUCCUCAAAGUCUUCAGGAAGACUGACUGUUAGAUCAUCUGCAGCAUGUUCAAGCAGGUCAUCAGCAUCAACCCGAGCCAGUAUGGCAGCAGCGCGGGCUCAAGCAGAAGCUCAAGCAGCAAAAGCCAGAUUAGCUUACGCUGAGAAGGAGAUGAACAUUAAAGUAGAAAAGGCCCGCCUAGAAGCAACUCUAGAUGUAAUCAACCUCCAAAAGGAAGCGGAUGCAGCCUUGGCCAAAGCAGAGGUAAUGGAGUCAGCAGCAGCUCAAUUUGACAAAGCUGAAUCAGGGGAAGAGUGGCCAUUGUCACCUCUACAAGUAACCCCAGAACAAAAAGUGAGUGAAUACAUAAAUAAAUACAGCCACACUGACCUGACUCCAGACAUUACAUCCCACCAUGACGACAGUAAAUAUCAGAUUGAACAAUCAAAACAAUCAGUAAUGUACACACCUCUUUACCCUAAACAAGAACCAGUGCAGUACUCAUUCACGCCACAAGAUGGAGCAGAGAGACGACUACAAAGAGACGUAAGUCCGCAGACUCUCCACGAUGCAUUACAACAGCAGCACGGAUUAAGCUCAAAUAAUAAUGCAGACACCAUAGCAAGUGACCUCGCCAGAUUCUUAGCCAAGAGUCAGCUAAUAACUGGAGGGCUGUCUAAAUUUGACGACAAGCCAGAAAAUUACCUUAGUUGGAAGGCCACAUUUCAGAGCACCAUUAGGGACCUUUGUCUAACAGCCACUGAAGAAAUCAACCUACUCAUUAAGUGGCUAGGCCCAGAGUCUUCUGAACAUGCCAAGAGAUUAAAAGCAGUCAACAUAAAGCAUCCACCUGCCGGUCUGAACAUGAUAUGGUUGAGACUAGAGGAAUGUUACGGCUCACCAGAAGCAAUAGAAAACUCCCUGUUUGCCCGAAUACGAGACUUUCCAAAGCUCUCCAGCAAAGAACCACACAAGCUUCGCGACCUAUCAGAUCUGCUGUGUGAACUCCAAGCUGCAAAGCUAGAUGGUUAUUUGCCUGGUUUAAGUUACCUCGACACAGCUAGGGGAGUACAUCCAAUUGUGGAGAAGCUGCCCUUCCAUCUUCAAGAGAAGUGGACAAUGGUAGGGUCAAAGUUUAAAGAAGACCACAAUGUUAGCUUCCCACCAUUCUCAUUCUUUGUUGAAUUUGUGAAACGUCAAGCAAAAGCAAGGAAUGAUCCAAGCUUCACCACACCUUUCAACACAACUCUUUCCUAUGUCAGCCACAUGUCCAGCUACAGAAAAGAAAAACCGUUAAGCAACCACAACCAAAGGUCAUCAGUUACAGUGCACAAGACGGACAUAUCAUCAGAGGGAUCAAAAUCAAAAAAAGCAGACGAAGACAUUGAAAGACAGUGCCCCAUACAUCACAAACCCCACCCACUCAAAAGAUGCAGGGGCUUUAGAGCUAUGCUGCUUGAACAGAGGAAGAGGUUCCUCAGAGACAAUAGCAUUUGCUAUCGCUGCCUUGCUUCCACCGGCCACCAAGCCAAAGACUGUACAGUCACGAUUAAGUGUGAAGAGUGUAAUAGUGAGAAACACUUGGCAGCGCUUCAUCCUGCCCCAACACUGCAAAUGCCCAAGCCUCCUUCAUCUCCUGAAGUUCACGGCGGGGAGCAAGCAAAUCCACAAGACCCGGAUGUUACUGCCACAUGUACAGAGGUAUGUGGAAAUGAAACCACAGGGAGAUCCUGUUCUAAGGUUUGCUUAGUACAAGUCUAUCCCAAAGGUCAGCGAGACAACGCCAGAAGGAUGUAUGCAAUAAUUGACGAUCAAAGCAACCAGUCACUUGCAAAGACAGAGUUUUUUGACAUAUUUAACAUACAAGCCACACCUGAACCAUACAUGCUGAAAACCUGUAGUGGUGUAACACACACGACUGGUAGAAGAGCAUUUGGCUACAUGGUUGAGUCAUUAGAUGGAAAAAUGGGUUUCCCUCUCCCCACGCUCGUAGAGUGCAAUGCCAUCCCUAACAACAGGGAAGAGGUACCAACUGCAGAAGCUGCUUUACACCACCCACACCUGAAAGCAAUAGCUGCUGAAAUACCACCUCUCGACCCAAGUGCAGACAUUCUGUUGCUGAUAGGACGCAACCUUCUGAGAGUUCACAAAGUGAGGGAGCAAAUCAACGGCAGAGAUAAUGACCCGUUUGCACAGAAGCUUGACCUGGGCUGGGUUAUCAUUGGAGAUGUGUGUCUUGGCAAUGCCCACAAGCCAAGUAAAGUGAAUGUUCUGAAAACCUAUGUAUUGGACAAUGGACGCCCAAGCUAUCUCUCUCCCUGUGACAGUCACCUUAGUGUAAAGGAGGACUUCAGUCUGAGCCAAACCAAACCCAUCUCCAGUCAACUGCCAUCUGCUCACUCACACCAAAGGUCCACAGCUGAGAAUUUGGGAGACUCUGUGUUUUGUCACACCAGUAAUGACAACCACCUUGCUCAUUCAGCUGAAGAUGUAAUCUUUUUGAAAAAGAUGGCAGGCUUCUUUAAGGACAAUACAAACAGCUGGGUUGCACCACUCCCGUUCCGAACCCCCAGACGCAAACUCCCGGAUAACCGGUCCUACGCCUACCAACGGCUCAUGUCGUUACGAUGUACGCUCGACAAGAAACCAGAAAUGAAAACACAUUUUGUGGAAUUCAUGCAGAAAAUGCUAGAUAAUCAACACGCAGAACUCGCACCACCUCCCAAUAAAGACAAAGAGUACUGGUAUCUCCCGAUAUUUGGCGUGUACCAUCCUCAAAAGCCAGGGAAGAUACGUGUGGUGUUUGAUUCGAGUGCGCAGUUUGAUGGAGUGUCCCUCAAUGAAGUGUUGCUGUCCGGCCCGGACCUGAACAACACGCUUUUGGGUGUGCUGCUUCGCUUCAGGAAAGAACCCGUCGCAGUCACAGCUGACAUCGAACAUAUGUUCUACUGUUUUGUAGUCCAAGAAGAUCACAGAGACUACCUUCGCUUUCUUUGGUACAAAGACAACGACCUUGGCAAAGACGUAGUAGACUACAGAAUGAGGGUGCAUGUUUUUGGUAACAGUCCUUCCCCGGCAGUGGCAAUUUACGGGCUGAGAUUGGCAGCAAGGGAAGCAGAAAGUGAGUACGGAACUGACGCCCGAGACUUCGUAGAGCACAACUUCUAUGUCGAUGACGCAUUAAAGUCUUUCCCAACUGCAGCUGAGGCUGUUGAUGUCCUACAGAGAACUCAGAAAAUGCUUGCCCUCUCAAAUCUACGUCUCCACAAGAUUGCUUCCAAUAAAGUGGAAGUGGUGAGUGCUUUCCCCCCUGAGGAUAGGGCCAAAGAUAUCAAAGAUCUCGAUUUAACAACAGAUGAGCUUCCAGUCCAGCGCAGCUUAGGGGUAAGUUGGAACCCCACAACAGACACGUUCACAUUCCAUGUUCCACAAGAGCAAAAACCCUUCACUCGCCGGGGCGUACUCUCAACAGUGAACAGCUUGUUUGACCCUCUUGGUUUGCUUGCACCCGUAACCAUCAAAGGAAGACUUCUUCUCAGAGAGCUCUCCAGUAGCAACCUUGAGUGGGACAGUUCCUUACCCCAAGACAUGUACGAUGGCUGGAGAAGGUGGCAUGACUCGCUACGAAGUCUCACAAAUCUGCACAUUCCCCGCCCCUACGUCACGUUCUCCAUCUCACAAGCCACCUUCAUUGAACUUUGUGUGUUCUCAGACGCUUCGGUGAAAGCCAUCGCUGCGGUAGCUUACCUGAAGGUCACACAUGAAGACAGGCACAGUGAGGUUGGAUUUGUUAUGGGUAAGGCCAAACUAGCUCCUGUACCAGAACCGACCAUUCCUCGAUUAGAGCUGUGCGCUGCAGUGCUUGCUGUGGAGAUGUCAGAGCUUCUCACAGUAGAACUAAACGCAAAGAUUGACAAGACAACAUUCUACACUGACAGUAAAGUGGUGUUAGGAUACAUUAACAAUCAAAGCAGAAGAUUCCAUGUAUAUGUGAACAAUCGUGUACAGAGAAUCAAGCAGUCUUCCCUACCAGAUCAAUGGAGAUACGUCCCAUCAGAGCACAAUCCUGCUGAUCAUGGCUCUCGGUCUGUACCAGCAGAAAAACUCUCUGGUACUUCAUGGUUGUACGGCCCAGCACUUCUUCUCAAUCACGAGACUCUCUCCCCAGAAAAGGGUCCAUAUGAACUUGUCGAUCCAGAGUCGGACAUUGAAAUUCGACAUAAAGUCAAUGUACUUGUGACCACAACUGCUCCAGGUGCCUUGGGUUCAUCACGCUUUGAAAGAUUCUCAAAAUGGACUUCCCUUGUCCAAGCGGUGGCCUACCUUCGCCACAUCUCUCACAGUUUCAAGUAUAAAGAUGGUGAUGUCUGUAGCGGCUGGCAUCUUUGUAAGGCUAGUCUCACAGAUGGAGCGUUAUCUGAAGCAGAGCACACGAUCAUCAGGUGUGUCCAGCGUGAAGUCUAUGCAGAAGAAAUAAAAUGCAUCAUGGCAAAACGAGACUUGCCUCGCAACAGUGCUCUUCACAAACUCCAUCCCAUCAUCGAUGGCCAAAACUUACUGCGAGUAGGAGGUCGACUUGCAGAGUCUGGCUUGCCGAGUCAUCAAGCUAACCCUCUUCUGAUACCAGGGAAGCAUCACAUUGCAACACUGCUCAUUCGACAUCACCAUGAAGCCACCCAGCACCAAGGAAGACACUUCACUGAAGGGGCUGUGAGAGCAAGUGGCUUAUGGGUAGUUGGUUCUAAGAGGUCUAUCAGCAGUGUAAUCCACAAAUGUGUCACCUGCAGAAAGCUUCGAGGUAGAACAGAGCAGCAAAUCAUGUCUGACUUACCUGCCGAACGUCUUCAGACGGACCCCCCGUUCUCUUAUGUUGGCCUCGAUGUAUUUGGACCGUGGGAGGUUUCAACACGCCGCACCAAAGGUGGUCAAGCAAACAGUAAGAGAUGGGCAGUCUUGUUCACUUGCAUGUCUACACGGGCUGUUCAUAUUGAAGUGAUUGAAACUCUCAGCUCUUCCAGUUUCAUCAAUGCUCUUCGCAGGUUCUUUGCGAUCAGAGGCCCGGCUAAGCAGUUGAGGUCAGAUUGCGGAACCAAUUUUAUUGGUGCCUCCAAGGACCUAAAGUUGUAUUCCCCAAAGCCUGGUGAGACAAGUGUGGAUGACUACCUACGCAAGCAGAGGUGUUCCUGGGUGUUUAAUGCGCCUCACUCCUCUCACAUGGGUGGCGCCUGGGAGCGUAUGAUAGGCAUCUCACGACGCAUCCUAGACUCGAUGCUCCUACAAGCAGGAAACCCUACACUAACUCACGAGGUCCUGACAACGUUAAUGGCGGAAGUCACGGCUAUUAUCAACGCAAGGCCCUUGGUACCCGUUUCCUCGGAUCCAGACGCUCCCUUAAUCCUGACCCCUUCAGCUCUGCUCACCCAGAAGGUCGAUCCGAUCCCAACUCCACCUGUGGAUUUUACCAAGGCUGACAUAUAUACACGUCAGUGGAAGAGAGUUCAAGCCCUUGCCGACACAUUCUGGGCCAGGUGGCAGAGGGAGUACCUUCACAUGCUCCAAGGUCGUCAGAAAUGGCAGCGCAGCAGACCAAACUUGAAGGAAGGAGAUGUUGUUCUUCUGAAGGACAAGCAACUAAAAAGAAAUGAGUGGCCUAUGGGUGUCAUCGUGAAGACACUUCCAAGCAGAGAUGGAGUUGUCAGAAAGAUGGAAGUGAAGGUGACACGUGACAAGAUUGCGAAGAUAUUCUGUAGACCCAUUUCGGACUGUAUCCUUCUUCUGAGAGAUUGGUCUAACAUCUAAUCUAAAUAGUGGCAUACUUAAAAUAAUGCCAGGCGGGGAGUGUAUUGGAACUGUUGGUAUGGUUAUUUCUCCAGGCCUAUAGGGGGCGCAGGUUUGCACAGUUUGCUAUGUUGAGCCAAUUAGUUACUAGAAGAAGUGUGAUAGGAAGUGUUGCUCAUGGGUGAAGCAAGACAUGGUGUGUUUCUUCCGAUCCAAAGCCAUCCACUCCGUUAAAUCCCUUUGAGUGGCAAUAUGAGUAAGUUUAUUAAUUAUAUUUACUUUUAAGACAAGGUAUAUGACAUUUUUUGAAGUGAUUUGGAAACGUUUGAUGUGUUUUAUAUGUCCACAUAAGUUCAACCAAAGCUAAUGUUUAUGUGACAUUGCUGUAUUCUGUAUCAUUUCAGUUUCACACUUUUUUGCAUUAAAUCCUGUCCAAAUACAACACGUGCCUGUUCCUUGGAGGAAGUGAUGCAAGAGAGAGUUUAGCUGGCUGUGAAUCUCAAUAUAGGACACUGGGUCACAUUGGGUGCAAC